AUGGGGUCGGCCUCCACCUUUACGAGUUUAUUCACCACAGUCACUGCGACAUUCCUAAUUGCAUAUCGAAUCUACCCUGUGUCGAGGACAAGUGGCCGAUCACGUACAAGAUACAUGCACAUCAUCACCACAAUUGUUGAAUCGUCUAUGGUCUAUUCGCUAUGUCUCCUUCUUCAGACUUUGGCGGGUACUAUCCCUGCUUUCUCCGAUUUUGAAUCCAUAUGGAGCGAAGUGACUGAAUAUAUUGGAUUAACAUUAAACAUUACCUCCGGACUUGCGCCAACAGUAAUGGUUUUACGCCUUGCACUCGUAGACACGAGCGACACAGUCGAGUCCAGCACUGUGGCACACAUAUCCGGCAUUAACUUUGAGAAAUCUAACCAGAACGGCGAUGUUCUCAGUGGUAUAGAUGUUACCAGUCCGAAAGGGGAAUCCUCUGCUCGUGACGAGGGUGGCGAGGCUAACCUGCCCCUCGUUACGGACCAAAUAAUAGAGCAGCGCCGCGAAGGGAAUUAG